GUGUCUGAGAGAGAGAGAGAGAGAGAGAGAGAGAGAGAGAGUGUGUGUGUGUGGAGGCUGAAGCUGAAGUGUGUUUUCCACGCUGUGGAUCAGAGUUUAGAGGAUGGUUGUGAGGAACUUGUUCCGGGCCGUGAUCAUGGGUCCGCCUGGUUCCGGAAAAGGAACCGUGUCUUCCAGGAUCACGGAAAGUUUCGGGCUGCAGCAUCUCUCCAGCGGGGACGUGUUACGGGCCCACAUCAAAGCAAAGAGCGAACUGGGUCUCCUGAUGAAGUCAUGUAUAGAUCAGGGUCAGCUGGUUCCUGAUGACGUCAUCUCGCGCCUUAUCCUGGCCAGCCUUCGAGACAUGGGGCAGAGCAGCUGGCUGUUAGAUGGUUUUCCACGGACGGUGGUGCAGGCUGAGAGUUUGGACAGCGUCUUCACUGUGGACACAGUUAUUAACCUGGACGUUCCAUUUGAGACGAUUAAGGAGCGUCUAACAUCUCGCUGGGUUCAUCUGUCCAGCGGCCGAGUCUACAACAUCGACUUCAACCCUCCCAGAAUCCCGGGUCUUGAUGAUGUCACUGGUGAGCCGUUGACGCAGCGGGAUGACGACACGCCUGUAACAGUGAGCCGCAGACUGAAGGCGUAUGAAAACCAGACUCAACCGGUUCUGGAGUAUUAUAGGAGUAAAGGUGUUCUGGCGACGUUCAGUGGAACAGAAACCAAUAAGAUCUGGCCUCAUGUUCUCACGUUCCUCACCAAGAAAAUCCCACAGAGUCAGCAGGCCCGAGGAGGGGGCGGGGCUUAAACACGUCGCGGCGCAAACAAUUCCGUUUCGUCUGGAUUUUUGUUUUUCACGAAAAAACGAUCACACCGGAUUUUUGGACACACUUUUAUUUUUUAAUCGUAGACUUAAAAUCUGGAAGUAGAUUUUAGACUUUAAUCCGAGCAGAUCUCCACAAUCACCUGUAGACCCAAAUAACCUACAUUUUAAUACUUUUAUUCUCGUUUUCAUCACAAGAACCUUAAUUUUAUUCACUUGAAUUUUUUAACUCAUGCACACACACACACACACACACACACACACACACACACACACGCAUUAACUUGUACAUUCCCUUUCAAGUUUUAGAGGCCUUAACAAUUUUAUGUCUAAUAAUGAGAGGAAAAGAUUGAAUGGGAAUAAAUAAAGUGUAGAUGAAUAAUGUUCUAAAUCUAGAAUAAUAAAAAGAAAAAUCAUGCACAGGAAGUGAAAAGGUGAGAAAAGAAUUUUCAGAAGACUGAAUAAUGAAAUGAUAAAUCUCAGUAUUCCACUGCACAGGUAUGAACACGUUCUGCAUUAAAGCGCGGAGGAGAAGAAUGAGAGAAAGAUGCGUGUCGAACACGUGACACGUGAAUCUGGAAAACAAAGAGGAGUGUUUUAGUGCUAAAACGUUUUCCAGAUUCUUUCAAAUGACCAGAGAUUGUACACGUUUUUCCAGCAGAAUCACGUCAUCGCUUUCACGUGUGAACCUCAGUUCGUUUCAGAAAUCCUCUUUAUACAGAGUUCAGAAGAAGAACUGAUUUUGUACACAGUUUUGUAUCGACAGGAAAUGAAAUAAUGUUUGUAAAAAUAUAUUCACGUUUAUUAUUAACGCUUUCACGUCAUCGACACUGAUGAGAAAUAAAUAAUGAAAUGAGGAAAA